CCUGGAUUGACUCCUCUCCAUCCUCUCUUCCACCAGGCGCCUAGAUGCCAACCUCAUCUCCCUGGUCCCGGAGAGGAGCUUUGAGGGGCUGUCCUCCCUCCGCCACCUCUGGCUGGACGACAAUGCACUCACGGAGAUCCCAGUCAGGGCCCUCAACAACCUCCCUGCCCUGCAGGCCAUGACCCUGGCCCUCAACCGCAUCAGCCACAUCCCUGACUACGCCUUCCAGAACCUCACCAGCCUUGUGGUGCUGCAUCUGCAUAACAACCGCAUCCAGCAUCUGGGUACCCACAGCUUCGAGGGGCUGCGCAACCUGGAGACACUAGACUUGAAUUAUAACGAGCUGCAAGAGUUCCCCGUGGCCAUCCGGACCCUGGGCAGACUGCAGGAACUGGGAUUCCAUAACAACAACAUCAAGGCUAUCCCAGAAAAGGCUUUCAUGGGGAACCCUCUACUGCAGACGAUACACUUUUAUGAUAACCCAAUCCAGUUUGUGGGAAGGUCGGCAUUCCAGUACCUGCCGAAACUGCACACGCUAUCCCUGAAUGGUGCCACGGACAUCCAGGAGUUCCCAGACCUCAAGGGCACCACCAGCCUGGAGAUCCUGACCCUGACCCGCGCAGGCAUCCGGCUGCUCCCAUCGGGGAUGUGCCAACAGCUGCCCAGGCUCCGAGUCCUGGAACUGUCUCAUAAUCAAAUCGAGGAGCUUCCCAGCCUGCACAGGUGUCAGAAGUUGGAGGAAAUCGGCCUCCAGCACAACCGCAUCUGGGAAAUUGGAGCUGACACCUUCAGCCAGUUGAGCUCCCUGCAAGCUCUGGACCUCAGCUGGAAUGCCAUCCGGUCCAUCCACCCUGAGGCCUUCUCAACUUUGCGCUCCCUGGUCAAGCUGGACCUGACUGACAACCAGCUGACCACACUGCCCCUGGCUGGACUUGGGGGCCUGAUGCAUCUGAAGCUCAAAGGGAACCUGGCUCUAUCCCAGGCCUUCUCCAAGGACAGUUUUCCAAAAUUGAGGAUCCUGGAGGUGCCUUAUGCCUACCAGUGCUGUGCCUAUGGCAUGUGUGCCAGCUUCUUCAAGGCCUCUGGGCAGUGGGAGGCCAAGGACUUUCACCUUGAUGAUGAGGAGGCUCCAAAGAAGCCCCUGGGAGUCCUUUCUGGACAAGCAGAGAACCACUAUGACCUGGACCUGGAUGAGCUCCAACUGGAGAUGGAAGACUCAAAGCCACACCCUAGUGUCCAGUGCAGCCCCAUUCCAGGCCCCUUCAAGCCCUGUGAGCACCUCUUUGAAAGCUGGGGCAUCCGCCUGGCCGUGUGGGCCAUCGUAUUGCUCUCCGUGCUCUGCAAUGGGCUGGUGCUGAUGACCAUGUUUGCUGGUGGGCCUGUCCCCCUACCCCCGGUCAAGUUUGUGGUAGGUGCAAUUGCAGGCGCCAACACCGUGACUGGCAUUUCCUGUGGCCUUCUAGCCUCAGUUGACGCCUUGACUUUUGGCCAGUUCGCGGAGUAUGGAGCCCGCUGGGAGAUGGGGCUGGGCUGCCGGGCUACCGGCUUCCUGGCAGUACUUGGGUCGGAGGCCUCCGUGCUGCUGCUCACUCUGGCUGCAGUGCAGUGCAGUGUCUCUGUCUCCUGUGUCCGGGCCUACGGGAAGGCCCCCUCCCAGGGCAGCGUUCGAGCAGGGGCCCUGGGCUGCCUGGUGCUGGCAGGGCUGGCCGCGGCCCUGCCCCUCACCUCAGUGGGAGAAUAUGGGGCCUCCCCGCUCUGCCUGCCCUAUGCCCCACCUGAGGGCCAACCGGCAGCCCUGGGCUUUGCUGUGGCCCUGGUGAUGAUGAACUCCUUCUGCUUCCUGGUAGUGGCCGGUGCCUACAUCAAACUCUACUGUGACCUGCCACGGGGUGACUUUGAGGCUGUGUGGGACUGCGCCAUGGUGAGGCACGUGGCCUGGCUCAUCUUCGCAGAUGGGCUCCUCUACUGUCCCGUGGCCUUCCUCAGCUUCGCCUUCAUGCUUGGCCUCUUCCCCGUCACGCCCGAGGCCGUCAAGUCUGUCCUGCUCGUGGUGCUGCCCCUGCCGGCCUGCCUGAACCCACUGCUCUACCUGCUCUUCAACCCUCACUUCCGGGAUGACCUCCGGCGGCUCUGGCCCCGCACCAGGGCCCCAGGGCCCCUAGCCUAUGCUGCUGCCAGUGAGCUGGAGAAGAGCUCCUGCGAUUCCACCCAGGCCCUGGUGGCCUUCUCUGAUGUGGAUCUCAUUCUGGAAGCUUCUGAGGCUGGGCGGCCUCCUGGGCUGGAGACCUAUGGCUUCCCCUCAGUGACCCUCAUCUCCUGUCAGCAGCCAGGGCCGCCCAGGCGGGAGGGCAGCCAUUUUGCAGAGCCAGAGGGGACCCACUUUGGGAACCGACCACCCUCCAUGGAUGGAGAACUGCUGCUGAGGGCAGAGGGAGCGCCGCCAGCAGGUGGAGACUCAUCAGUGGGCGGGGGGUUACGGCCCUCUGGCUUAGCCUUUGCCUCCCAUGUAUAAAUGUCCCUCCCUGUUCUUCUCUUCCCAUCUCUUCCCUCCCCCUCUCCUCCCUCUUCUGUGAAUGAUGGCUGCUUAUAAAAUAAAUACAACCAAAACUUAGCAGUGUGAUCCAUAGCAGGAUGGCCCAGGCCCUCGCUCCAUUGGUCUCCUCUCUCCUGUGACCCUUGCCACUGAGUGUUCUUGUCCUGGUUUCCCCUCGGCCUUCCUCAGCCUCACCUUCGUGCUGGGCCUCCUCCCUGUCAUGUCUGAAGCUGUGAACCAGAGACCUGGAAAUGUGUCAGCUUAAGGGAAAUGAAGGAAGCAUGACCGUGAGAGGAUUGAGGGGACUGAGCAGGCCCAGGAUCAGGGCACAGUGGACAGGGAGACUUCACAGAGAAAGUUCUGGAAGGGGACCUCCCCUGUGACUCACGGAUAGGAUACAGAAUGUAUUCUGUGUCCCAUUUAUCUUGACAUAUGUCAUGCAUAAAGACUGCCUAUUAAGCUCUGGAAGAGAUUACA